GCUCCCCGCUCCCGCACUCCACCUAUCUUUUUCUCCGUCCCCUUUCUCCCUGCCGUGCCGCUGCAGUAGUCUCUCUCUCUCCUCCGCUUUCUCUCUUUACACUCGUUCGCUAGGGUUUUCGUUUACUCUCAUUUCCUUCCAAUUUUGGGAUGGAGCAGAAAAUAAUGAGGGAGGUUUCCGAUUUCGGUUGUUAUAGAAAUGGAGGAUCGUCUCAUCUUUAGACACUGAAACUAUAUUAUUGUACGGUGGAGUGGUGUCUAGAUAACUAUCCUUGAUGGGGGGAGCUUGUUCUAGGAAGAGAGACAAUCUAGUUGAUGAGGGUGAUCAGUUUAGGCCAAGAUAUUCUAAGAGUGGUAGUUCCAAAUGGAUGUUGUUCACACUGCCUCGGGCCGGGUCAGAUAUUCUUAGGAGAGGGCAGGGGAAGUGCCCUUCCCUCAUGGAACUUUGUGUUGCCAAAGUUCGAGAGGAUAUCAAUAAGUAUAGUAGCUUUUCUAUGCUUCCAAGGGAUAUAAGCCAGCAGAUAUUCAAUGAAUUGGUGGAAUCUCGCUGCCUUACUGGUUCAUCUCUUGAAGCCUUUCGUGAUUGCGCUUUGCUGGACAUUCAUUUGGGGGAGUACCCAGGAGUGAAGGACAGUUGGAUGGGUGUAAUUUCUUCUCAAGGCCAAUCCUUGUUAUCCCUUGAUAUUUCUUGUUCUGAUGUAACUGAUUGCGGUUUGGUUGUCCUCAAAGAUUGUCCCAAUGUUCAAAGCUUGGCAUUCAAUUAUUGUGACCAAAUCUCAGACGUUGGGCUGGAAAACUUGUCUAGACUUUCAUAUUUGACAUCUCUGAGCUUUAAGAAAAGCAAUGCUAUCAGUGCUGAAGGAAUGAGAGCUUUGGCCAACUUGGUGAACUUGGCAAACUUGGACCUUGAAAGAUGUUCUGCAAUUCAUGGUGGUUUAAUUCAUUUACAAGGUCUGAAAAAGCUCGAGUCUCUCAAUAUCAGAUAUUGUAAUUGUAUAACAGAUGCAGACAUGGAGUAUUUGUCAGGUCUUACAAACUUGAAAGAGUUGCAAAUGUCAUGUUGUAGAGUAACAGAUGCAGGUGUUGCUUAUUUGAAAGGUUUAUCUAAACUAGUUACAUUGAACUUGGAGGGUUGUCCGGUCACUGCUGCUUGUUUGGACGCUAUGUCAGGGUUUUCUUCAUUAUUAUUCUUGAAUCUCAGUAGAUGUGGCUUAUACGAUGAAGGCUGCGAAAAGUUUUCAGGGCUUUCAAAGUUGAAGGUCUUGAAUUUGGGAUUUAAUCAUAUUACUGAUGCAUGUUUGGUGCAUCUGAAAGAUUUGGUUAAUUUGGAGAGCUUGAACUUGGAUUCUUGUAAGAUAGGUGAUGAAGGAUUAUUAAACAUAAAGGGUCUUCUACAGUUGAAAAGCUUGGAGCUAUCAGACACUGAAGUCGGAAGCAAUGGACUCCGUCAUCUCUCUGGUUUAAACAACUUGCAGAGCAUCAAUCUCUCCUUCUCUAUGGUUUCUGACAAUGGUUUGAGGAAACUCGCUGGAUUGACGUCUCUUAAAUCACUUAAUCUUGAUGCUCGCCAGAUCACAGAUGCUGGGAUAUCUGCUCUUACAACUCUUACUGGAUUGACUCAUCUAGAUCUUUUUGGAGCUCGUAUCACAGACCAUGGGACUAAUUUCUUCCGACACUUCAAGAAUUUGCAGUCUCUAGAGGUAUGUGGCGGCCUGAUCACCGAUAAUGGUGUGAAGAACAUCAAGGACCUUAAUUCUCUCACUCUCCUAAAUCUCUCUCAAAACGGCAACCUCACAGAUAAAACUCUUGAAUUGAUUUCUGGGCUGACAGCAUUGGUUUCUCUAAAUGUUUCCAACUCGCGAAUAACCAACGCAGGUCUCCACCACCUGAAACCGUUGAAGAAUCUGCGAUCGCUCUCCUUGGAGUUCUGCAAGGUGACAGCAACAGAGAUAAAGAAGCUUCAGUUGGCUGCUCUUCCGAAUCUGGUGAAUGUGCGACCAGAAUAAUUGGAAUAUGGAAAUUGCUGUAAAUAAAUCAAACUGGUGCACUUCAGUACUGUAGGUAUCACGAAUGUUCUAAGAGCUGGAAACUAUUGUUGGGUAGUUGAUCUUAAGAUUGAACUGUAAAUAUUGGGUUGGCGUUAGAGUGUUCUUGGGGGACCAUGUUUGCUGAAUGUGAAGCUAUUUCUCUCAUAGCCUGAAACUGAGAUUGCUUGAGAGAAGUGUAUAUAUUCUUCCUCAGCAUUCAGCAUGAUGCUGCAAACUGUGGUUCAAGAUGUAAAUCCUUUGUAAAUAUAUGUUAAGCAUUUAACUGGAGCUAAAAUGAUGAUUAACUCUAGCUCUUGUUUCUUGUA